AUGAAUCCCCUUUAUCGAAAGUCCCUCUUGUUUGGAGCUCUGACAGCCGUAGUGCUCUACAAUUCUACAGCGAGUAAAUGUUUCUGCAGUGCCGAGAAUAGGAAGAAGCCCUCUACGGUUGAGCUGUCCACCAAUCGAAGCUACUCGCCUCUCCCAAUCGAGACCUACUCGACUCUCGCCAAUGAUAUCUCAAGAAUUUGGCAUGAGCCCAUUGAAAAUCGUGUUUGUGUAGAGAUGAUGGAAAACGCCACAUGUCCCCAUCCAGCACUCUGGGGAAGGUUAUCUGGACCAGCACUUGCAAUUCUGGACUGGACGACUGAGAAAAACCAAAAUUCUACUGCUAAUGUGUUAUGCGGAAGCUACAACGAUAGUUGGUUAGAUGCUGGAGAUUAUUAUGUCGAAAUUGUGGUACUCUACUGUGACGAUUUUGGGGUCAAGACGAUGAACAAGAAAAAGAACAUCACCGAUUGGUUCCAUGAAGAUCUUCGUCCUAAAUGUGUGGAAAAUGCCCAGUACAACCGAAUCACAUCUAUUCAUCAAAGUUACAUAACUGUAGUAGCAUCGACUACGGGGGCGGGAAAUUCGCGCAUUGGCCGUUGGGUGAAACGGCCGGGAUCACGGUCGCAGCCAUUGUUUACUCGCUACCAACCUGUUGGUUGCGUUGAAGCUUCUGGCACGGGAUAUAAACCACAAAAUCCCUUGCCCAAAUGGUGCAACAUGUUUGUAAAUCGAGACGAGAUUCAUGCCACAACUGAACGUGUGGGAGGUUUGCCGCAGUACGAUUUUCAGUGGGGUAUGAAUACAACCGAUAGCGAGCUGACCACAAGGAUCCAACAUGUAUUUCGCAACGAGUCGAGUCGCCUUCCUUUCUUUUGUGCAAUAGGUGACUCGCACAGUCGUUUUGUUGUCAUGCGGUCUGUGAAGCAAUUAGAAGUACGAGGUUUAAUGACCUUCAUUCGCCACCAAUGGCCAAAUGCGUCCGCUAUCGGGCCCAAAAUGUUGCAGAAAAAUUGUGGGGUGGUCAUUAUCCAGAUAGGACAAUGGCCUGCAAGUAUAUCUUCAGGUGGAUACCCAUUUUCGUUUGCAAGAUAUUACAAUGAGAUGAAGUUACACGUUCAAGCUGUUUUGGAUGCAGUCAAAGACAUUCCACAUGCGAAGGUCUAUUUGCCUUCUGUUGAUCUAGGCCCGCUCAUGGGAGCAAUCAAUCUCUGCAGAGACUGGCGAACACCUACGGUUUUAGGUGCCUAUUCGUUUGUCCUCCAAUUAAUUGCGUCAGAACUGAAUAACCCAAAGCUCGAAUACAUCGAUACACGUUUCAUAAUCGAAACCCAUUGGGAUGGUGGUCCUGAUUGGUUGCAUUUGCAAGAAGAGGUUAGGUUACGCAAGACUAUGUAUAUACUAGCCAUCGCUAUGGCGGAGAUUGAAGAUUCGCUGUUUCCAAGACUGCUAAGCGGGGCUGAGCCCCACACAUCAACUGAUGAAAUGAUCACUGAGGUUGUUGACCGUGUCGCAUAUUAA